GCCGCCUCUCGGGCUCUGUUCCCGGGAUGUGUGCCUGUGAAGCCCCGCUGCUCCGGGGCCUCCGGGUCCUGAAGGAGUCCGUGAGGGAGCAGCUGUCCCGGGUGGAGGAGGAGCUCAUGGAGCAGCUGGAGGAGCGCAGCGGGGGCUCGCGGACCUCCUGGGGCCGCCUGCUGCUCGUGCUGCGGCCGCUGCUGACCGGGAGUCUCUCCGCGGCGGUGGAGCGGAUCACGGAGCUGGUGGAGAGGGAGGUGGAGGAGACCCGGAGGGCCCUGCAGAGACAGAGCCGCCUGCUGGAGGCGCUGCUGAGCCCACAGGUGGCUCUGACACGGACAGAUUUCCUCGGCCCGUCUAUUUUGACCGACAAACAGCCCCUGCUGCUGUCUGAGGGAGAACCCGCUGACAUCACUGCCCCGCUAAGCUCCGCCUCCUCAGAGCGCGCUGCAGAUGAGAGCGUCCACGACGACGACUGGAAGGAAAAUGACCACUCCCCAAGCAAAACUGAAUCCAAAGACUUGAGGACAGAUCCAGGACGGCGCCGUAACACUCACAGACAGCAGGGGGCAUCUGAGAGGCCAGCGGCUCGUCGUUGUGUUGUCUGUGGGCGGAGCUUCAGGCACAGAGGGAAUCUGGUCAAACAUGCAGAGACUCACUCAGACCAGGGCAUCUGUGGGGUCUGUGGUCAGUCAUCAGACCACCUCAUGCACCACCUGAUGUCUCACAAGGACUCCGUAAGUGGGGGCGGGGCCUGUGAGGUAUGCAGGAAGACAUUUCAGAACAUAGAGACUCACAUGAGGAGGCACACUGGAGAGAAACCGUACUACUGCUCCAUCUGUAGAAAGAGGUUCCCACGAGCAGGAUCGCUACGACGACACCACAAGAUCCACGACAGGAGGAGGGGGCGGGGACAGCAGGGACAGGACAGAGAGCGGGGAGAGGAUGGAGAGGAUAAGGGGCAGAAAAAGGACAAGGAAGAUGGAGGGGACGAUGGGUCAGAGCCAGAUAAGGAGCAUGAUUGUGGUCUGGGCCAGUCUCGAGGGUCCUGGUCCUGCCACGUCUGCAGUGACCAGUUUCAGAGCCGAGGCUUCCUAAGGAAACACGCUGAGUCUCACCGAAGCGACCCCCGGAGCGUCUGUGGAGUCUGUGGACAGCAGCUGGACUCACCUGAGGCUCUGCAGAAUCACCUGGAGUCCCACAGAGAGGCUGGGGGGGCCUGCUUGGUCUGCACCAGGACUUUCCAGAACCUGGAGACCCACAUGAGGACCCACACUGGGGUGAAACCGUACCGCUGCUCUGUCUGUGACAAACGCUUCCCCAGAGCCGGGGCGCUGAGGCGCCACAGGAAGAUCCACGGCGGAGAGAGGACGUAUGUUUGCUCGCGUUGUGGCCAGGACUUCACUGAGAACUCUGCCUUAAAGACUCACUGCAGAGAAAUCCACAAGGAGGAUCAGGGAGUGACAGACUCUCAGAUGGAGGAGAGUCCAGCCAUAAGACAACAGACCAGAGAGUCCGCUCAGACGAGUCACUGCUGCCAGGUGUGCAGCGAGUCGUUCCAGAGCGCCAGCGGUCUAAGGAAACACGUGAAGACUCACUCCAGCACAGCGGUGUGUGGGAUCUGUGGUCAGAAGGUCCUGCCAUCACAGACCCUCACAGACCACCUGCAGGUCCACAGAGAUGCUGCCAAGAUCUGCCACGUCUGCGGUAGAACCUUCCAGAACAUCGUCACUCACAUGCGAAGCCACACCGGGGUGAAACCCUACGUCUGCUCCAUCUGUGGGAAGUCCUUCCCCCGGCCCGGUGCUCUGCGGCGCCACAGGAGGAUCCACAGCGGGGAGCGGCCGUACAUCUGUGAGUUCUGCGGGAAGACGUUUAUGGAUAACGGUGCUCUGAGCACGCACAUCAGGAAACACAGCGGAGAAAGCCCCGCCCACCGCGUCUCCUGUGAGACCUGUGGAAAGACCCUGGCAUCGAUCCACGUCCUGGCAGUCCACCAGAGAAUCCACAGCGGAGAGAAACCGUUCAGCUGUCGGGUCUGUGGGAAAGCCUUCAGGCAGGUGGGGGGGCUGAACGCUCACAUGCUGACCCACAGUGGGGAGAAACCCUUCAGCUGCUCUCUCUGCCCCAAGAGCUUCAGCACCAAAGGUUACCUGCAGACUCACCUGCGCUUCCACAGGAAGGAGCGCGCCUUCAGCUGCGGCCGCUGCUCCAAAGCCUUCGUCACCAAGAACGACCUGAAGAAACACCAGCUGACCCACAGCGGGGAGAAACCCUACGGCUGCUCUCUCUGUGGGAAAUGCUACCAGGAGAAACGCUCCAGAGACGUUCAUGUGAAGGUUCACCACAACCACAGCAGCGGCAGGGAACCAAUCAGAAGACAGAACAGUCUGCAGCAGGACUUCAUCCAGCUGUAGGGACCACAUCAGUGCUGGACUGACUUUAGAUCCACACCAGUGCUGGACUGACUUUAGAUCCACACCAGUACUGGACUGACUUUAGAUCCACACCAGUACUGGACUGACUUUAGAUCCACACCAGUACUGGACUGACUUUAGAUCCACAUCAGUACUGGACUGACUUUAGAUCCAGGACUGGUUUUAUUUCCAGGACUGGUUUUAGAUCCAGAUCCAGGACUGGUUUUAGAUCCAGGACUGGUUUUAGAUCCAGAUCCAGGACUGGUUUUAGAUGGAUUUAGGGGGUCCCAGACUGGUGGGCUGCCAGUCUCUUGUUUCUGAAACCUGCUCAUCUCUUUUUUGAGACAGAAUCACCAGAAUCAUAUUUUUCUUUUUUGAGGCUUCAUAUUUUUUCAUGGAUCUUUGGGUUCUUUUGAAAACUGCAGAAACAAUAAAUAACUUGAACAAGU